AUGGCGUCGUGGUCUGCACUCCCAACGGAUCUCGGCAACACUAUCCUCCGCCGCCUCCAGCACCAUGCCGAUCGCGUCCGCUUCGGCACCGUGUGCCGCGAGUGGCGCGCCUGCGCACGGCGGAACACCCCACCAUCGCAAUUCCCGUGGCUCGCCUUACCCGACCGGACCUUCUACAGCCUGCCGGACUCCGCCUUCCAGCCGCUGCCGCUCCACCUCGAGCGUCAUCGCCAGCUGCCGCACGCCCAGAGCUCCUGCGGCGAGUGGUUCGUCUUCGAGCGCAGGGACGGCGCGUACACGCUGGUAAACACCUUCUCCAUGUCCACGACCAUGGUGCUCCCCCGGCUGCCCACGGAGCCGUCGCACGCCAUCGGCGACCCGCCGCCGUUCAUGAAGAAGCUAGUGGUGUGCUCGCCUAAACUCGUCGCCGCGGUCGUUGGGGAGGGGUGGCAGCUCGCGCUGUGCCGGCCAGGGUCAGCGUCGUGGGUGGUGGUCGCCCACGAUCAACUGAAGUCGCUUCAAGACAUGAUCUGGCAUCGAGGCAAGCUCUACGCCCUCCACGAUACCCGUUGCCGCCUCCUCUGCGUUUCCGUCGGCGAGGACAGGGACACCGGCGAGCCAAACGUGUCCCGAGUCGACAUCCUUGUCGAGGGCUCCAUGUGGGAAGUCAUCGAGUCGCCACCGUGGUCGCCGUACCUGCUCGAAUCCGACGGCGCGCUGCUGAUGGUCCGCAGAGGAGAUCCUAACAGUGACAUACAAAAUCCGUUCAUGGGCGGUGAUUCCGUGCAUUAUGUAGGCCGAGGCUUGGAGAGGGCGACCAGGUUCACGGUGUUCAAGGCCGACUUGGCGCGGUCACGGUGGACGGAGCUGAGCAGCGUCGGGGAAGAUACGGUGCUGUUCGUCCAGGGAUGGUGCUCCCGAGCUGUUCGUAUCCCCGGCCGGUGCAAGGACUACGUUACCGGGGACCGUAUCUUCUUCGUGAGUGAUGCUGCCGCCCGUGGCUAUCACUGCCCCUAUUACAGGAAGAAGGUGUCCUUCUACUGCAGCUUCUACGACAUGAGGAAACGGCGGUCUCAGACGUACCUAGGGACCAAGGUUCCAAAGAAAAGUGGUUUUAAGUUUGAGAAAUGGUGGUUAUCCAGGCCUGACUUUAAGGAUCUAGUGAUCAAAGCUUGGAGUCUGGGCAGAGGUGUGGGGCUUACUCCUAUCAUACCUAAGGAUCUGGCAGGUUCCAUUCAAACACCUGGAAUGGGAUCUGGUGGAAAAAUUCAAAUGCGCCCUGGUGAGAAGACUGAGAACGGUGCCAUCGCUGAUGCCAGACUGAAAUGCACUUCGUUUGAUUGGAUCUCGACCUGGAAGUCGUCCACGGCUUCUGUCCAUCAAGGGCGUGCCUCUGAAGCCUACCUGUCGAAGCACCCGGAAGAAUCAGGCAACAUACAUGUGGUGAUCUGA